AUCACGUCAACUCAGAACUUCCAGAAAUGAUAUCAAAGGGGACAGCAUGCCUCAAAAACGUUGACGCCAAGAUUGACUUGGCGAAGGGUUCUUCUCCUUUGCCUCUUGGAAAUAAAACAAGGAUUGUAUAUUCGUUUCAGGAGAAAUGAAGAUCUAGAGCCUCCUUGGUUUGACUCUGUGAGCUGGAUUGUAUUAUUUCGAUCCUGGAUUGACAUUUUGGGAUAUGAUCAAAGCCAUUGAGAUUUGUCGUGUCUGGAGAAUGAUGUCUACUGAUCUCGUGUAUUUUGUCAUGUUCGCCACUUGCCUUUAUUAAGCUAGAUCAUGUAGAUGAUGAAUGAAUAACACCUCCGACAUUUAUUUUUCAUUGGAAUUUACACGACUGUAAUAAAAGUGCAUGUAGGUGAUUGUGUGUCCUGAUUCGUACCAAUAUGGAUAACGCUGUGGCACCCGGAGGUCCGAAGCAGGAUAAGGUUUAUGCCUUUAAUAUGAAUCCGGUGGGGGCAACCCAAGGAAAACUCAUGGAAGUUACCAUGGAUUCAGGGAACGAAGUAGCUGGCCGCGGAGAUGGAAGCGGUCGUGAAACUUGGUCCAAGAAGAUAGACUUCUUACUAUCUGUCAUUGGGUUUUGUGUGGAUCUAGCCAACGUCUGGAGGUUCCCUUACAUGUGCUACAAAAAUGGCGGGGGUGCUUUUCUGAUACCAUACAUCUUCAUGUUGGUCUUCAUGGGAAUACCACUCUUCUACAUGGAGUUAGCCCUGGGACAGUACAAUCAAACCGGUCCUAUCACAGUCUGGGACAAGGUUAGCCCACUCUUCAAAGGUGUGGGGUUUGCGAUGAUCUGUAUCGCGUUCUUUGUCGACUUCUACUACAAUGUGAUCAUCUCGUAUUCCAUCUACUACCUCAUCGCGUCCUUUCAGAAGGUCUUACCCUGGAGUACGUGUUCCAACUCAUGGAACACCAACCGUUGCUUCGAACCUCGCUCUGGUCCGGCUUACAACGUCUCCAUAGUCUUCGUCAACGAGUACGGAAAGAACGUCACCGAUAUCAUCGAUCGAAAUGUAUCAGCUGCCACAGAAUAUUACGAACGAGCCGUGUUACAGUCGCAUGAGAGUAGUGGUAUUGAUGACCUUGGCAAGGUGGUAUGGCAACUGGCUCUCUGUCUUCUCGCAGUCUACAUCAUCUGCUACUUCAGUCUUUGGAAGGGCAUCAAAGGCUCGGGAAAGGUUGUAUGGAUCACAGCUACCCUUCCGUACGUGGUAUUAUUCUGUCUGCUUAUCAGGGGUGUGACUCUACCUGGCGCUGGCGAGGGGAUCAAGUAUUACCUCAUUCCGAAAUGGGAUCGUCUGCUAACUGCUUCAGUAUGGGUUGAUGCCGCCACACAGAUCUGUUUCUCUCUUGGCCCUGGAUUUGGUGUUCUUCUUGCACUUUCAAGCUACAACAGAUUCCACAACAAUAUCUAUAAAGACGCAUUGUUGACAAGUACUAUCAAUUGCUGUACCAGUUUCCUUGCUGGUUUUGUGGUGUUUGCAGUAUUGGGUUACAUGGCAGAUCGUAACAAACAAUCUAUCGACCAAGUAGCAACAGAAGGACCUGGACUUGUCUUUGUGACAUAUCCCGAAGCAUUAGCUACGAUGCCUGGCGCCAAUGUCUGGUCCGUCCUCUUCUUUCUCAUGCUGCUUACACUAGGUCUUGACAGCUCGUUUGGUGGAUCAGAAGCAAUCCUGACAGGUCUUGGUGAUCAGUUCCCUAAGGUGGUAAAGAAGCAUCGUGAGAUCUUUAUCGCCUUCCUCUUCGCACUCUACUUUUUGGUUGGUUUAGCAUUCACAUCCCAGGGUGGGACAUAUCUGGUAAAUCUAUUUGACAACUGUGCAGCUUACUACGCCAUACUAUUUGUGGUUGUGUUUGAGACACUGGCAGUAGCAUGGUUAUAUGGACUCACGAUACCAACAGAGAAAAUUUCAGAAGACAUAGAAGAGAUGUGCGGAUGGAAGCCAGGGUUUUAUUGGCGAUUCUGCUGGAUGUUCCUCAGCCCUGUUAUGAUUAUAUUCAUCAUGGGGUUCGGUCUGGCAAACUACGCACCCUUUACCCUGGAUAGCUAUGAAUACCCCGAAUGGUCAGUAGCCAUUGGUUGGAUGAUAACGUGUACAUCCAUCUCCAUGAUACCCAUCGUAGCUGCCUACCAAAUCCUCACGACACCUGGCUCAUUGUGGGAGCGUAUCAUGACAAAUCUUCAUCCCCGGAAAACAUGGCCUAAUGGCUACGACGGCAGCGUGUAUACCGCAGAACAAGAGAGCAGGAUGAACGGCAUGGUACUGGAGGCAACGUGCAAGCCAGUGACGCUUGUGUGAGGCAUACCACAAUGCACCUGUCAAAUAAUUCAAAUGCAACUGGAGGCAGCUUGCUAGACAGUGAAGUGUGUCAAUCUGAUAAUACUAAAGCAUAUGUUAUGUAUUCAAUACUAUGAAUAAGUGAGAGGUCAAAAUCAAAGGAAUGAAUAUUGCCGAGUUGAAUACACCCAUAAGAGCAAGCCUUUUGUAGAUUAACUUUCAUCUUUGUUGAAGAUACAUUCAUGUCAAGUCAGAUUGAUUCGAACCUUAUAACUCAAAAUCAUUAGAACUUUUUUUUUUGGGGGGGUGGGUGGUUCUACACAAUAUUAUGUGUAUUGUACGGGAACACAAAAAAUCUAUAUAUAAAUAAAACAAAAUUUUAAACAUAUUGACAAAUACACUGACAUAUUAUGAGCGCCCUCUCUCGGUGAAAGUUUGUGAGAUGGCACUAUUUGGAUGUAUGUUCAGUGUCACCUUAAACAUUGUGUAAAAUGGACCUUAAACAUUGUGUAAAAAGGACAAUAACAAUUUGCUUUAGCAAGACAGUCAGCUUGGGCUAUUGUUUUGUAUUACGUGAAAUGAACUUGGGCCAAGUUGUGUGCAUUUCAAAAGAUCCUGUAAAAUCUGAAUACAUUAAAUUAAAAAGAAUAAAACGGUCUGUCAGAAUUCAUCUUUGACUGUUCCUCAGUCGCCAUAAAGCUGUUGACUACCAACUUCUUGAAAGUCAAUACAUUAUCAGUGUAUGAUACAUGAAAAUGUAAUUAAAACAUUAUUGUGAUGACUAUGAAGACAAUUGUCAUUGGAAAACAAGAACUUAUAACGCUCACCUGUCAUAAACACUAUAAAGAAAUGAUAAAUCACAAUGUAAAUAGUACUGUAACUAUCUUUCCAGUGAGGUUAUGUAAAUACUAUAUAAUAUAUGGUAACUUUUUUGUAGUAAAUUUAUAGUGGAUGUGAAGUUGUAUGGAGUGAAAUGCGACUGGUAUCGACCAAAGCGAGUGUACUUUGAGUGUACCUGUGAGAUUUAAUACCUUCUGUAUGAUUCUUCCAUAUUUCCUACCCAAGCAAUAUCUAUGUGUAGAAGGGACAUGACCAGCCCCAUUUCAAAAAUCACUUUGUUUUAUCUAGGCGAUAGGACAACAAAUUAUUGAAAGUUAUGUAGAGAAAAGUGUGUAAUUCCAGUGUAAUGUCCCUUUUUUAAUAAAUAAACUAGCAAAUACAUCAAGUCUUUGGUUUACUUCAAUGAGGAUUUGCUAUGAUGUUCCAUGAGUGAAGGUUUUAAGAUAUAUCUGAUAGGAUUGAAAUGAUGUUGAAACGAUGGAGAAAAGGCAUUACAAUUUAUUUCCAAUUGUAAAUAAAUAGAGAACGAGUCUACGUAAAGUUAAUCUAAACAGGUCGCAAUGAGUACGCUGUAUUGGGUGGAUCAAAUGAAUGAAGCAUAUCAACUAUAUCUUGUUGUCUUUGAAAACAAUGGAUUUUAACUUUAGUUGAUAUCUUGCCAAUGUUCUGUUGAUUGUGUAUUCCUUGUCUGUAUCUUCUGUUACAUGUCUUUCUGUUUAUUAUUGGUGGUAAUAAGCAGCCAUUUGUAUUGACAGUCUUUCAUUACGAGAUGACUGUAAUCCUGGAGUUAUUUUGUCUUAUAACAGACUUUGUAGAUCAAUAGUGACUAUGGGAGGCCAGCGACACCAUGAGUCCUCAACUUUACAAGCUUAACAAGGAUUGGUCAAGGUCUUCAUACUUUCCCAUUGAACAUAGAAACAAAGCAUGCUGCUCAGUCAAACCAAUAACACUUGCACGGUUGUGAUACAGUCAUCUAUCAGGAGCACACAGCUUGCACAUGUGCACAUUUUAAAUGAUAAAUACUGGCAUCACUGGCUUUCCAUAGUCAAGUUGGACAGAUCAUUAAAAGAAAUGCAUAACUAGUGAAAAUAUUGAUCAAUCUUGGGCAGUUCUGCAGAGUAGAUAUUGCACUUAAUAAAAGAUAUUAUAGUUAUUACCAUCAUAAUAAUUUUCUUUAAGCAAGUGAAGGACAGUGUGCAAGAAAAAAAGCUUAUAAUUAAUCAAUUCAAGAUAAUACUUCAAUAGUUCUUGAUCAAUUAAUUCUUUAGCCAGGUUUUUAUUAGGCAUUGCAUUUCUCUUUUUCUUUUCAUUUGUAUUCUUCACUUGUUAUAAAUAUUGUGAAUAUGAUGAAUCAAAAUGAAACCAAAAUGAAUCGAUCAUUAUAUGUUACUUUAUACCUAAAAUUGGUAUAAAAUUUUUGAUACAAUAUUUAAGUGUCAAUGGCUGUCUAUAAAGAACCACCUAGAAUUAGGACAUCAAUUAUUGCCUGUGUAUAAUAUGUCUAACAUGUCAAAUGAGAACAGAGGAACAAGGCUUCUUCUAAACUUGAUUUAUAAGUUUAAUAUGGAAAUGACUGACAAGAUAUGUUAUUCUAUUCUGUACAAAAAUAUGCACUUGUAAUUUUAUCCGAUAAUUGUUAAAAUCAUAACACAAGAUAUUAUUAUUGUGACAUGAUUCAAUACAUUUUACAUGUGUCACUCUCAGAAUUAUAUGUAAAUCGACAUGUGAAUUAACAAUGUAAACAAACACAUGUAUCUAUGUAGCUGAUAUAUUAUCAUCAUGUGUAGUAUUGAAUGAUUAUUGGAAGCCUACUUUUCCCCCUCUAUGCAUGUUUGUAGUCGUCCAUUUGUAUACUUGUGUUCCCAGACAGUGUUGACCGGAUUCAUGGAAAAUCAGAUACUUGUAGGUUUGGUAGAUUGAUAUUGAAUAAUAAGAGAUAUACCUGAUCAACGUACACACUUGUACAUCCAUCCACUUUUUAGAUGCUAUCACUUGCUUGCAAUCGAUAGUAGCCAGUGGUGAUAGAUCACUUGUAACAUUGUCUCACAGCUCACUUUUUGAUAGUUGCGAUCAUUUUCAACUUCUAACAUUUUACCAUUAUUCCAGUCAUAUUGGUGCCAUGGAAACAAGUAAAGAAAAUCAUGAACUCAAAGAGAAUUUCAUGGAAACUCAUGCAGACUGGUGAAAAUAAAGCAAAAAUAGUUUCAUUCAUGAUCAGUUAAUUGAUAUAAUUGUCUGAUCAAAGCAGGUUUGGUAAAUCAUAUAAUAUUGCUUUCUUGUUGAGUCGACCCUGCAGUAAAAAGGUUUGUGAUUGCAAUUCUUAUACAAUAUAGUGAACAAUAUCUACAUUCAACUUCAAGUCACUCAUUGAGAACUAAAUUGUUUGGUUCUACAUUUCGAUGCACUUCUACCAGUCAAUUUCUCGAUCUAAAUUCUGUUAUAUUUUGAACAAAAUUAGAUUCCCUAAAGUAACUGGUGUGCUUUACUUCCUUAACACUUCUCAUUCAACAGAGAGUUCAUGAAAUUCAGUACAAUUUAAUUUGAUUUUUAUAUAUUCCAUUUUGUUAUUCAUAUAAUACUUUAAGAUGGAUGAUUCUUGCAGAUAAUGCAUGCAACCACCAAAGAAACACAAACAUCUCUCACCAAAACUCAAAGUUCUAUUGUAUAUUACCAUUUAAUUCAUCCAUUUAUGGAAGUACCAAUAACUUUAAAUUUACAAAA